AUGUCAGCCACACCAGAGUCUUCACACGUAUCAUUCGACUCACUCCUCAAGCGGGCUCGCGAGAACGACGCGGCAUCCAGAGCCGCCGCGGCCACAGAGUACCGGCUGCGGGCGACGGUCCUGCUCGAGUCGGGCGCGCACGCAGAAGGCCUGCACCGAACCCUCUGGCAAGGGGCGCUCACACCAACCCUCGUGGACUUGGCCGGGCUGUGCGCACUUUACACCGGAGCCGUGGCGCCGAUUGACGCGCCGCCGCCGACCAUGGAGGAGCUCUCGCAGUGCAGCGCGCUGCGGGGCUUCGCGCACCAGCUGCGUGAGGCGCAGAGGCCGGCGGAGCUGCCUCCCGCAGAUGGCACGCCAUCGUCCUCGUCCUGGCCGCAGUGGCGAGCACCGCAACCGGCGCUGAGCUCCGACGGAGGCCCGCCCCCAAUCGCCGCGCAGCCUGCGCCGGCGGCUGGCGGGCUCCGGCACCUCCGAGGGCCGGCGGCGGAGCGGGCCGCCUGCCCGCCGAGCAAGGCGGUCGCGGGGCGGGGUGGGGCGCGCAGCAGCGAGCGCCUCCGCACGCCCACCACGCGCAAGGCGAGACGCGCCGCGUGGAGGCGCAGCCUCGUCAAGAGCCUCGUCACGCGGCGGCCUCCGCGGCGGAGAGCGCGGGCGGCUUCAUGUCGGCGCGGGAUCGGCGCCAAAUCGACCUGAUGCGCAAGGGCGGCAAGGGCGGCGGAGGGGGCGGCGGAGGUGGCGGAGGUGGCGGAGGCGGCGGAGGGGGCGGAGGCGGCGGUGGCCACUACAGCGGUGGCGGCCGGGGGGGCGGCGGGCCCCCGGGGCUGCACGCCGCCCUGAAUGGUCCUCCCGACGGCGGUGGCGGCACCUCGGGCGGUGGCGGCACCUCGGGGGGGGCGCGGGCCGCGGGGCUGCGGCGGCCGUUC